AUGGCAGGCCCUGUCCCCUUUGCUCGGUCGCUGGACCAGAUCUAUACCGCCGAUGCCCUUCCCUCGCAGGGCAAGCGCUGGGACAGCCUUUUGGCCCAGUUCCAGUCCACCUACAACCACCCGGCCGAAUUUGUCGCCCGCUCGCCCGGCCGUGUCAAUAUCAUUGGCGAGCACAUCGACUACUCGCUCUACUCGGUACUUCCCAUGGCCAUCACCGCUGACGCGCUCCUCGCCGUGUCCACCAAGGUCGACCCUUCUCUUGUGAAGCCAGGGACCUACAAGAUUCAGAUUGCAAACGUGCAGGGCGCGAGGUUCCCGGCCCAUGAGUUUGACAUCCCCUUCGAUGCUGUCGACAUUGAUGCCACCGUACACGAGUGGACCAACUACUUCAAGUCGGGCCUCCGGGGUGCGCUGGAGCUCCUGCGUAAGAAGCAUGGAGCGGACUACCAUCCUGUCUCGAUGCAGAUCCUCAUGGACGGCACUGUGCCCGCUGGCGGCGGCCUGUCCUCGUCCGCCGCAUUUACGAGCACCUCGGCGCUGGCGGUGAUGGUUGCGAACGGCGAGAAGUCUGUGGACAAGACUGAGCUCACCGAGCUGGCCAUCGUCUCGGAGCGCGCCGUGGGCGUCAACAGCGGCGGCAUGGACCAGUCCGCCUCUGUCUUCUCGGAGCGCGGCUCGGCCCUCUUCGUCUCCUUCUCGCCCAGCCUGAGUGCGCGCACCGUCUCCUUCCCACACACAAACCCGGAACUGUGCUUCGUCAUCGCCCAGAGUUUCGUCGCGGCCGACAAGUUCGUCACGGGACCGAUCCACUACAACCUUCGCGUCGUCGAGUGCAGCCUCGCGGCCGCCUACCUGAACGCCGUGCUGAACCCCAAGGGCACAAAGCUCCCCACCGACGCCGCCCCGCUGGGCGUGUCCCUGCGCGGCUUCCACGACACUUAUUUCGCCUCUCACCCUGAGGCCGCCGCCAAGGCCUCGUCCGCCGAGAGCCAGCUCUCCGAGCUCAUCUCCCUCACCGAGUCGACGCUAGACCGCAAAGAAGGGUACACUCGCGAGGAGAUUGCCUCGGCGCUCGGCACCACUGUGGACGAGCUCAACGUUGCUUUCACCUCCAAGUUUCCCGUGCGCGCCGACCGCUUUAAGCUGCGGCAGCGGGCUUUGCACGUCUUCCGCGAGGCCCUGCGUGUCCUUCGGUUCAUGGCCCUGCUCGAGGACCCCGCCGCCGCCUCUGCUACGGGCGGGGGCGACACCACCGCCUACAACCAGCAGCUGGGCGCGCUGCUUAACGAGACGCAGGACAGCUGCCGCGAAGACUACGAGUGCUCGUGCCCAGAGAUCGAUGCCAUCUGCAGGAUCGCGCGCGAGGCAGGUAGCUACGGGUCCCGCCUCACGGGUGCGGGCUGGGGUGGAUGCAGCGUGCACCUGGUGCCAGCGGACAAGGUGGCCGCCGUGCGGGCUGCGUGGGAUCGCGAGUACUACGCUGGGAAGGACCUGACGGAUGAGCAGAAGGAGGCGGCUGUCGUCGAGAGCCGGCCGGGAAGCGGGAGUGCCGUGUAUUUGUGGCGGCGUAAAAUUUAACACAUCUGAAGACGCUGGCGAAGACAAGACCAGCUCUUUUGUGCCACAAAAAAGGACGGGGCCAAUAUCAACAAUCUCAUUGCACAAG